AUGAGGGAGAAAGAGAAAAUAAGAGACAGAGAGAGAGAGAGAGAGAGAAGAGGGAGAGAGAGAGAAAGAGAAGGAGGGAGGGAGAGAAGGAGAGAGAGAGGGAGGGAGAGAGAAGGAGGGAGGGAGAGAAGGAGA